UAAAGCCAACAUGAAAUUGGAUACAGCUCAUAAGUGGCCUCUCACUGUCCCUUACAUUAUCCUCAAAUCCAAUACAAUUUAAAGACUUACUCUACGUCUCAAAACCUUUCAUGAUAGAAAAAUAAGAGAAAGGCCUUGAUAGGAAAAUAAAAUAAAAUAAAAUAAAAAGAAAUGGGAGGCAAUCGGACGGUGGGGAUCGGAAUGGACUACUCGCCGACGAGCAAACUGGCCGUGCAGUGGACCGUCGACAAUCUGGUGAGGAGCGGCGACCGCAUCGUCUUGAUUCACGUGCACUCCGGCAAGGGCGACCCGGCGCAGAAGCAGCUGUGGGACGACAAAGGAACACCUUUGAUUCCUCUUGAUGAGUUUAAAGCAAUGAACCUGCCAGUGCAGUACGGGAUCAAUCCUGAUAUGGAGGUGUUGGAUAUCUUAGAGACUGCAUCAAAGACAAAGCAGGUCACAGUAGUAGCAAAGAUCUAUUGGGGUGAUCCGAGGGAGAAGCUCUGCAAUGCGGUCGACGAUCUCAAGCUAGACUCUCUCGUGGUUGGGAGCAGAGGCUUAGGAGCCAUUAAAAGGGUGUUGCUGGGGAGUGUUAGCAAUUAUGUGGUCUCACAUGCAACUUGUCCCGUCACAGUUGUGAAGGGAUCCAAGUAACUGCUUCUAAAGAGAGCUAUAAAGAAGGGAUUUGCUGAAUAAAUACUUGAUAUUAAAUCCUUGCUUUGAUUGCGCGCUGUGGUUGUUCUUUCGACAUCCUUUUUUCUUUCUUCCUUUUGUGUUUUUGGGAAUUUUUUCCUUUAUUUCGGUUUGUUAUAUUUGUGUUUUUCUUUUCGUUUCCUUUCUUUUCUUACUUGUCACUGCAUUGCAUGUACAAUGUAAAAAGUAUGAAAUAAAUUGAUGGAGAGUGAAAUUUCACUUGUAGGUUA